UUUUUUUUUACUUUCAUCCAUAAAGUAAAAAGGACCCUUUGCUUUGAUCAUGUCAGUUUAUAAUCAUCGACCUAUGGUACCGACUACUCAAAACAGACUAUUAGAACUCCUUGAUAAUGUUCGGACAGAAUUUGAACAAUUAACUCAAGAUGCUAUUGUAUGUAAAAGUCAACGUGACGAAUUUGAAAUGAAAAUGAAUAGUCAAAUACAAGAAAUGGGUCAUAUUCAACAAAGUUUAUUGGAUUUGGAACAUGCACAACAACUUAUGAAAAAACAAUAUGAAGAAGAAAUUACUCGAUUACGUCAACAAUUGGAACAGCAUGGUCAACAUAUAUCAACUGGUAGUCCUAGUUACAACAAUACUGGAGCUACAAAUGGAUAUGUACAACCACCUCCACCAAUGUUAGAUUCAAAUCCUCCUCCUCAUACUAUGUAUUCAAAUGGUCCUCCUCCUCCACCACCAUCUGCCUCGCACGGUCCUCCUCCUCAUCCUUUGACUGGUUCUCCUUAUGCUAAUGGUAGUCCUUCAAAUACAUCUCCUCAAACUGUUGUUGCUCCUCCUACUCCAGUACAAAGAACACCUUCCAAUGCUGUUGUCAAGACAGGAGCUGGUCCUCCAAUGCAACAUGGUGACCUUCCUUCUACUUCUACUACUUCUACUACUACUACCACUACUACUACUGGUUUUUCAGAAAUGGAUCCUGAAACAAUUCCUGCUAAUAUGAAAGUAGAAGGUCCUGAUUGGUUUGCUUUAUUCAAUCCAAAAGUUCAACGUUAUUUAAAGGUCGAUCUUUUACAUACUUUUGAUCAUGGUAGUGUGGUAUGUUGUGUCAAAUUUAGUGCUGAUGGUCGAUAUCUUGCUGCUGGUUGUAAUCAAGCUACUUAUAUCUACGAUACUACAAAUGCUGCUCGUGUGGCUGUUCUUCAAGAUGAAAGUACAGGACGUGAUACAGAUUUAUAUAUUCGAUCAGUUAGCUUUAGUCCUGAUGGAAAACAUUUAGCUACAGGUGCCGAAGAUAAACAAAUCAGGAUUUGGGAUAUUGGAAAGAAACGUAUUCGACGUAUCUUACAAGGACAUGAACAGGAUAUUUAUUCUUUGGAAUUUAGUCGAGAUGGUAGUAUUCUUGUCUCAGGUUCUGGAGAUCGUACAGUCAAGAUUUGGGAUUGGGCAGAUGGUCGAUGUUUACAUACUUUACGUAUCAAGGAACAAGAUCAAAGAGAUCCUGGUGUGACUAGUGUGGCCAUAUCUCCUGAUGGAAGAUUUGUAGCAGCUGGUAGUUUGGAUAAAAUUGUACGUGUAUGGGAUGCAACUACUGGACAACAAUUGGAACGGUUGGAAGGACACAAGGAUAGCGUUUAUUCAGUUGCUUUCAUGCCAGAUGGAAAGACUUUGGUCAGUGGUAGUUUGGAUAAAACCUUACGUUUAUGGCAAUUAGGUACAAACAACAAUGCUUUCCGUCAAGUUUUUACUGGUCACAAAGAUUUUGUAUUAUCUGUGGCUACUACUCCUGAUGGUAAUUGGAUUGUUUCUGGUUCAAAAGAUCGUGGUGUUCAAUUCUGGGAUCCUCGUACUGGGCAAACUCAAUUCAUGCUUCAAGGUCAUAAAAAUUCAGUCAUUUCUGUAGCUGCUAGUCCUGGACGAAGACCUUUGUUUGCUACUGGAUCUGGCGAUAAUCGUGCAAGAAUCUGGAGCUUUGAACCUGUUAAUGCAUAAAAAAAAGAAAUUUUUUCUUUUUUAUAUCUUUUUACGUUGUACGGUGUUAUGAUUAAUUAGUUUAGUUAUUAUCUCUCUCCAUAUAUUAUUCCAUUAUUCCUUAUCUUCUUACUUUAGUUAUGAUAUUUUUUUUUUUUAUUAUCUAUGAUUUCUUUUAAAUUUAUAAGAAUACUCUCUUUAUUCUUUUGGGAACAUCUUGUGUACACUUCUAUUUUUUUUUUUUUUUUU